AUGUCGGACGAAGGAAUCAGGCCACCAGCUCGGAAGCUGGACGAGUUCGAGGAGCUCGUCUACGAGUAUACCAGCCGCAUGGGCUUGGGCAGUGAAGAGCACUGGGACGUCAACGCCCGCGACUGCAACCUCCGCUUCGAGUCCGCAACCCGCGGGCCCCCAGCCAAGGUCUCCUUCCUAUUGAACAUCACACCAGCUCUCAGCAACUAUAUGGGCAAUCUGCACGGCGGAUGUGCGGCGACUCUUAUCGAUGUCCUAUCAACCACAAUCCUGCUGGGCGUCUCCGAGCCCGGCAAGUUCUCACUCGGCGGCGUAAGUCGCAACCUCAAGGUGACGUAUCUCCGUCCCGUACCGACGGGAAUCGAGGCGCGCGUUGUCUGUGAAGUGAUCCACGUCGGUAAGCGGCUUGCGCUGCUAAGGGCGGAGAUUCAAAAGGCGGAUACAGGGGAUGUGUGUGUGGUUGGAGAACACGAGAAGGCCAAUACGGAUCCUGAAGUGAACCAGAGGAUCUAG